AGAGGCGCGGAGGAGCGCGGGGCCGCCGCCACGGGCGCUAGGAGUGCUGUAUACAAUUCUGCUGUUUGAAUCUGAGGCGCUCCCUCCAUUCAGAUUCGUGAGGCUCCAGGGCCUUCAAGCUGUGAUUACUCAGAUGGUUCCUGAAAUGACUGGGAAGGCGGACGCUUUGGUGCCCAUCGAAGAGCAUAUGUCUGUGUAUAUCUGAGACCUUCUUUGUACACACACACAUUUACACCAGAAGACAAGCUCAUUCUUGUGCACACUUGAAGAGUUUUACAACUGAUGAAAAUUAAUUUAAGAAUCAGAUGGAUCAACUUGACACUACUGGGCCCAGGAGCCCGGGGAGAAAAAUAUGUUACUGAUGGUCAGUUUUCCACAUGGUCUUCACGGGUAAAGAAAGUUUGCAAAAAGAAGAAAAAAAAACUUUCACGGUUCAAGCCUCAAAAAUACCUCUGCAGCUUAAAGAAGGAACUAAGUGAGAAGGUGGCUGGGGGAGAAGUGUGUUGUCGAGCGGCGCAGGCAGCGUCAUGCAGUGGGCUUUGCACUUUAUUUUCCAGUGUUUUUGGUAAUUUGGACAGACUUCAAAACUCUGGACUGAGAAGUAAUUCUGGCUGUGUGUGACUUCAGGAAAGCAAGGUCAGGUAUGAUGGGACAAAUCUGAACGAUGAACUGGUUCCUUUGCCUUUUUCAGUUAACUGUGUUCUCGAAGUUUUAAUUUAUUAUUUUCCUUUUCCUUUCCCGAUCUAUAGGAUAAUAUUUUAAAGUAGCAAUUGAAACCAGUAUUUACAAAGUAAGUAUCAAGGAACAUCCAAGCAAAGCUUCUUUUCCUCGGACUGCACCCGUGGUGUUUGCACGCAUCUCUGAAUGUGAGCCGGAGAGCGCCCGUCAGCGGGACAGGCUGACUCUCUAGGGAGCGAGUGCGGGAGACCCCGACUCUUGUCUGCGCUUCCUCUGAAGGGCUUCUCUUCCUGUCGCGUCCAGGAAGCCCUGCAGAUAGGAGGAAGAGUACUUGAUGGACUUAAUUCUGAGAGGAGUCUUUUUUUUCAAGAUGGAGAAAUAGGUGAUCUUUAGGAGUGGAAAGGGGAGAAGCCAGAAGGGGAGGGAGGAAGGAGACGGGGUAAAGAGACAGAAUCCUGUAGUGACGCUUGGUUUUGUCAACCAGAGGAUUUAGGAUUCACCCAAAGCGAACACUCAAGAGCUUUAGAACCUUCUGGCUCCGAGUGAAGCGGUUUUCUCUCUCCACCUCUAUGGCACCGAGGAGCGCACCGGUCUGUGGCGGGCCGGUCAGAUGGAGCCCAGCUCUCUGCGAGGACACAGCAACCUGCCUGCCGGGAAGCCAGGCCGGGCCCUGAGGGGGAACGUUUCUGGUUCAGAACAGUGGGGAGAGUCUUUUUCCCUUCCUGAACUUGGACUGCUGUCUGCACAAACUCUGGUCUGUUUUGCACGGUUUGUGUGCCUUUUUUUCCCUUUAUGCAAUCUUUUUCAGCUUCAGCAACAGAAAUUUGUCUAGUCGAGAAAACGUGCCAGAGGGUGGCUUCAGAAGGAAGAUGAUCCCAUGUGUUCUCUCUCUGCAUCUGAACUUUUGAAGAGAAAAUUCCAGCUCGAGGGAUUCUUUAAAGCCUUAAGUUACUUGAAAUCUAUGUAUUUGCAACCCUUUGUCUCUGGAAUCAUAUUACACUAAACUGGAAUCUCAGGCUGAAUGAGAAUAACCAAGUUGAGUGAAAAGAAGAAAACCCCGUUUCUUGAUCAGCACGUGGUAAUGUCGCUCUUCCUCUAAGGACUUGAAAACAAAAAUGGACACGUGUUGUUUUUAAGCAUUACCUUUUCCUAGCAGACUGCCAUCAUCUUUUCUAGAGGAUUUUUUCACUAUGCAUUUGGGUGGAUCUUUAUAAAAUACUGACCUUGUAAUUAGAUCCAGGUCAGUCUUCAUUAAAAGGGGUCGGGGAAAACAACGCAAGCCAACCACAGAAUCACAUCAGUCAGUUGAUCCAUGAAAAGAAUUAGUUUGAGUUUUUUGGCAUUCAGCAUUACUUUUUAAAUAAAACGGUUCACUGAGAAAAAGUAUGUAUGCAGCAGUGGAACAUGGGCCUGUCCUUUGCAGUGACUCCAACAUCCUCUGCCUAUCCUGGAAGGGGCGUGUUCCCAAGAGUGAGAAGGAGAAGCCGGUGUGCCGGAGGCGCUACUAUGAGGAGGGCUGGCUGGCCACGGGUAAUGGCCGUGGCGUCGUCGGGGUGACCUUCACCUCGAGCCAUUGCCGCCGGGACAGAAACACGCCGCAGAGAAUAAACUUCAACCUGCGGGGCCACAACAGCGAGGUUGUGCUGGUGAGAUGGAAUGAGCCAUACCAGAAGCUGGCCACGUGUGACGCAGAUGGAGGGAUAUUUGUGUGGAUUCAGUAUGAAGGGAGGUGGUCUGUGGAAUUGGUCAACGAUCGAGGGGCUCAGGUGAGUGAUUUCACGUGGAGCCAUGAUGGGACUCAAGCACUCAUUUCAUAUCGAGACGGGUUUGUCCUGGUUGGUUCUGUCAGCGGACAAAGACACUGGUCAUCCGAGAUCAACUUGGAAAGUCAAAUCACAUGUGGCAUAUGGACUCCUGAUGACCAACAGGUGCUGUUCGGCACGGCUGACGGGCAGGUGAUCGUCAUGGACUGCCACGGCAGGAUGCUGGCCCACGUCCUCCUGCACGAGUCCGACGGCAUCCUCAGCAUGUCCUGGAACUACCCCGCCUUCCUGGUGGAGGACAGCAGCGAGAGCGACACCGACUCGGACGACUACUCCCCGCCCCAAGAUGGACCAGCAGCGUAUCCCAUCCCGGUGCAGAACAUCAAGCCACUGCUCACCGUCAGCUUCACCUCGGGGGACAUCAGCUUAAUGAACAACUACGAUGACUUGUCUCCUACUGUCAUCCGCUCAGGGCUGAAAGAGGUGGUGGCCCAGUGGUGCACCCAGGGAGACCUCCUGGCCGUCGCUGGGAUGGAACGGCAGACCCAGCUUGGUGAGCUCCCCAACGGCCCUCUUCUGAAGAGUGCCAUGGUCAAGUUCUACAAUGUCCGCGGGGAGCACAUCUUCACUCUGGACACGCUUGUGCAACGCCCCAUCGUCUCCAUCUGCUGGGGACACCGGGACUCGAGGCUGCUGAUGGCUUCGGGGCCGGCCCUGUAUGUGGUGCGCGUGGAGCACCGCGUGUCCAGCCUGCAGCUGCUGUGCCAGGAGGCCAUCGCCAGCGCCCUGCGGGAAGACAAGGACGUCAGCAAGCUCACCCUGCCCCCUCGCCUCUGCUCCUACCUCUCUACCGCCUUCACCCCCACCAUCAAGCCCCCAAUUCCAGAUCCCAACAACAUGCGAGACUUCGUCAGCUACCCCUCCGCCGGCAACGAGCGCCUGCACUGCACCAUGAAGCGCACGGAGGACGACCCGGAGGUGGGCGGUCCGUGCUACACCCUCUACCUGGAGUACCUGGGCGGGCUCGUGCCCAUCCUCAAGGGGCGGCGCGUCAGUAAGCUGCGGCCGGAGUUCGUCAUCAUGGACCCCCGGACGGAUGGCAAAUCAGAUGAAAUCUACGGAAAUGGGCUGAUCUCCACCAUGCUGGACAGCUGCAACUGCUCGGACUCCAGCGAUGUGGAACUGAGUGACGACUGGGCUGCCAAGAAAUCCCCCAAAAUCUCCCGAGCUAGCAAGUCACCCAAACUCCCAAGGAUCAACAUUGAGGCCCGGAAGUCUCCCAAGCUGUCCCGGGCUGCUCAGGAGAUGUCCAGGUCUCCCCGGUUGCCGAUGCGCAAGCCCUCCAUUGGCUCACCCAGCCUGACACGAAGAGAGUUUCCCUUUGAAGACAUCACGCAGCACAACUAUCUUGCUCAGGUCACGUCUAAUAUCUGGGGAACCAAGUUUAAGAUUGUGGGCUUGGCUGCUUUCCUGCCAACCAACCUCGGUGCAGUAAUCUAUAAAACCAGCCUCCUGCACCUCCAGCCACGGCAGAUGACCAUCUAUCUCCCAGAGGUUCGAAAGAUUUCCAUGGACUAUGUUAAUUUGCCUGUCUUCAACCCGAAUGUUUUCAGUGAGGAUGAAGAUGAUUUACCAGUGACAGGAGCAUCUGGUGUGCCUGAGAACAACCCCCCUUGCACGGUGAACAUCCCUAUUGCGCCCAUUCACAGCUCGGCACAGGCUAUGUCCCCUACUCAGAGCAUAGGCUUGGUGCAGUCCCUGCUGGCCAAUCAGAAUGUGCAGCUGGACGUCCUGACCAAUCAGACCACGGCAGUGGGGACAUCUGAGCACGGAAGUGACAGUGCCACCCAGUACCCUGUCUCCAACCGCUACUCCAGCCCCGGACAGGUGAUCUUCGGAGGUGUGGAGAUGGGCCGCAUCGUCCCCAGCCCUGCUCAGCUGUCCCUGCCGCCGCCCACCCAGGGAGCCAUCCAGCUGUCGGUGGUGGACCAUGGAGACCGAGAUCAUGACCACCUGCAGAAGUCCGCCAAGGCCCUGCGGCCAGUGGCGCAGCUGGCCGCGGAAGGGGAUGCAGUGGUGUUCAGUGCCCCACAGGAGGUCCAGGUGGCGAAGAUGAACCCACCACCCCCCUACCCCGGAACCAUCCCCGCAGCCCCCACCACCGCAGCACCGCCGCCCCCGCUGCCGCCCCCGCAGCCCCCGGUGGACACCUGCCUGAAGAAGGGCGACUUCUCCCUGUACCCCACAGCGGCCCAUUACCAGACGCCCCUGGGCUAUGAGAGGAUCACCACCUUCGACAGCAGCGGCAACGUGGAAGAGGUGUGCCGGCCGCGGACGCGGAUGCUGUGCUCCCAGAACACCUACACCCUCCCCGGCCCGGGCAGCUCGGCCACCCUGAGGCUCACCGCCACGGAGAAGAAGGUCCCCCAGCCCUGCACCAGUGCGACCCUGAACCGCCUGACGGUCCCCCGCUACUCCAUCCCGAACGGAGACCCACCCCCGUACCCCGAAAUCGCCGGCCCGCUGGUGCCCGGCAGGGGCGCUGCCCAGAGGCCCGACAGUCUCAUCCACGCCACGCUGCGGAGGAACAACCGCGAGGUGGCGCUCAAGGCGGCGCAGCUGGCCGAGCCCCCGAGGGCCCCACCGCAGCACCCGCCCAAGCCCAAGGGCGCCGUGCAGUUUCCGGCGAGGCCCCCGCCCGCCCUGUACACCUGCAGCCAGUGCAGCGGCGGGGGUGCGGCUGGGCGGCCCGAGCCGGGCGCCGGGGGUGCGGGGGGCGCGCAGCCGGGAUCGGGCCUGGCACAUGCCGCCAGCACCUCCCCGCUGACCUCCCAGUCGUCCUACAGCCUCCUGAGCCCGCCAGACGGGGCCCGCGACCGCGCUGACUAUGUUAACUCGGCCUUCACGGAGGACGAGGCACUGGCCCAGCACUGUCAGGUGGAGAAGCCCCUGAGGCACCCCGCGCUGCCCGAAGCUGCUGUGGCCGUAAAACGGCCACCACCUUACCAGUGGGACCCUGUGCUGGGGGAGGACAUUUGGGUUCCUCAGGAAAGGACAGCACAGACUGCAGUGCCCAACCCCCUGAAACUGCCCCCCCUGAUUGUAGGUCAGAGCCAGCACCUGGAUGUGUCCCGCGUGCCCUUUGUCUCCCCCAAGUCUCCCGCCAGUCCUACUGCCACUUUCCACACAGGCUAUGGGAUGGGAAUGCCGUAUCCAGGAAGCUAUAACACACCCCCUUUGCCGGGAGUGCAGACUCCCUGCUCCCCAAAAGAUGCCCUGUCCCCCACGCCGUUCGCCCCACAGGAGUCGGCAGUGGUUCUGCAGCCCACCUACCCGCCCAGCCUCUCCUACUGCACCCUGCCCCCCAUGUAUCCGGGAAGCAGCACCUGCUCGAGUUUACAGCUGCCACCUAUCGCCUUGCACCCCUGGAGUUCCUAUAGCCCUUGCCCGCCCGUGCAAAACCCCCAGGGCACUCUGCCCCCCAAGGCACACCUGGUGAUAGAGAAGCCCCUCGUGUCCCCACCGCCCACUGACCUCCAAAGCCACUUGGGUACCGAGGUGAUGGUAGAGACCACAGACAACUUCCAAGAAGUCCUCUCCCUGACAGAGAGCCCGGUGCCCCAGCGGACAGAGAAAUUCGGGAAGAAGAACCGGAAGCGCCUGGACAGCCGAGCAGAGGAAGGAAACGUUCAGGCCAUCACGGAGGGCAAAGUGAAGAAGGAGGCGCGGACUCUGGGUGACUUUAAUUCCCUCAUCUCCAGCCCCCGCCUGGGGAGGGAGAAGAAGAAAGUGAAGAGUCAGAAAGACCAACUGAAGUCCAAGAAGUUGAACAAGACGAAUGAGUUCCAGGACAGCUCAGAGAGCGAGCCCGAGCUGUUCAUCAGCGGGGAUGAGCUGAUGAACCAGAGCCAGGGCAGCAAGAAGGGCUGGAAAAGCAAGCGGAGCCUGAGGACGGCCAGCGAGCUGGAAGAGUUCAAGUGCCGGAAAGCCAGCGAGAAGGAGGACGGGCGGCUGGGCAGCCAGGGCUUCGUGUAUGUCAUGGCCAACAAGCAGCCUCUGUGGAACGAAGCCACACAGGUGUACCAGCUGGACUUCGGGGGGCGGGUGACCCAGGAGUCGGCCAAGAACUUCCAGAUCGAGCUGGAGGGGCGGCAGGUGAUGCAGUUUGGAAGGAUUGACGGCAACGCGUACAUUCUGGACUUCCAGUACCCCUUCUCGGCUGUGCAGGCCUUCGCCGUGGCCCUGGCCAAUGUGACUCAGCGCCUGAAGUAAGGACACUGGUGUGGGGCAGACGGAGAGGCCUCCUCGCGGCGCCGCUCGCUCGAGAUGUCGCCCGGGGCCCCGGUGUCUGGGACCAGAAGACGAGCAAAACUGGAAGAAUCUGUCAGGCCCAGGAGAAGGGACUGACCUUUCAUUGUUGUCGUUUGUUUGGCCUUUUAUAAUCCUUUAUUGUUUCUCUUUCUUCUUUCUUUUCAAACAAAAAGAAUACGGGAAGAGUGGGAUUUGCAAGCAGAGGACGUGAGGCACCUGGUGUCUUUAGGAAAGAAGACACCAGGUGCCUGCUGUGGGGAUGUCCUGCUGCGUUUGCUUCUGUCCGCGCCAGGGCAGGGGUCCCCGGGAGGAAGGGACACCGCCCGCCCGCGGAUCUCUGUGCUCCACGCGUCUCACUUUGUGACGCCUUUGUACCAUAACCACUUGUCUGGAAACAAAACGCUUUGUAAAAAGAACCAAAAGCCUGAGGGUCCAGGUUCUUGGAGGGGGCGUUGAAUCCACACCCGUCCUGUUAUUCCCCGGGGGCGACUCGGUGGCAGUUGGGGGUUACGGAGGCCGCGCUGUGGGGCUCCCAGGAGUGGGCUGUGCGGUGCUGCCCUUAGCAGGGGUAAGCGCGGAGGGGGCGUCCGCGAGGGGCCCAGCCGGUGGGACCAGGAAUGGUACAUGGGCUCGGCUCCUCUCGGAGGCUGUUCGCAUGAGAGACCCCACCCGUUUCAUCUUAGAACACGGCAGAAUCCCACUGGUUCAGGGAGGUUUGCCUUCAGGAGAAGGGAGGGACAAAACGGAUCGGUCCUGGCGUGUCGUGGGGUAGCUGCCUGGUCACCUAGUGCCUUGGGCGACCACUAGGUACUCACCUGCUGAAAAGCCACCUUAGUCCCCUCCACCCCUCUGUUGUUUAGUCUGGAAAGCGUGGCCGAAGACGUUCUCCUUCCCACUAGAUAAGCUGCCGCACCUUCUCUUUCCGGAGAUGCUGAGGCGUUGGUCUGAAAGCGCGCCUUUCUUCUCAGCCACGUUAAAACCCAGUUGACUAGAGAUGCUUCCUGAUAGGUUAGAAGUGUAACAAAACCGUAGGCAUUUGCCAGGGUGUUAAAAGAGGUAUAGUAAUCUCUUUGAAACAAGUCCCACAGUUGUACUGGGAGGGGAAAAAAAGUUCUUUAUUAAUUGUAUAGACUGUUUACUGAGGAGAUGAACCACUGGGAACACAUUAUUGAAAUUAUAGUACUUAAGACAGCUGGUUAAUUACAAAAAAGAAAGAAAAAUCUGAGAUGAUCUUUUCCCUCCACCUCCUCCUUAGGGGACGCCGUGGGCAGCACUGAGCCCCGGUAACAAACCCGGUUCACCGUUGUCAGUUACUCCCAACAUGUCAUGUGUUUAGGGCAGGAGCAUGGGACUGUCUACUGGCAGGGAGUCCUCCGUGUGGAUUUUGUUUGGAGCAGACAAAUGAGAGACACUGUAGAGAAGUCUUUUGAAAGUAUGUAUUUUUACAUUCCUUGUUUUGGUUUAAAAACUAGAAAAGACACCGGCCCAUUCCUUCCCACAGCAAGACAGCAUCACUCACCAUUCUCUCCAAACCCUGAAGAAACACAGAUGAGGACAGCUCCCAGCUAAUGUCUGAGUUUUCCAUCUUGUAUUUUAAAAUAUUGAACCUGAUUUUUUGUGGGUCAAUUCUUUGAGAAAGAAUUUAGCAGUGUAUUCAGAAUUAUAUAAUUCUUUUAUAGGAGUUUCUGUAGCUUGGUAAGAUGUUUCAAUGCUUAUUAUUAGUUGUGCAAUAAUGGUUAUGACCUAUUUCUAAAAUAAUUUAAAUGCAGUUCCCCUGUUUUGUUGUCCAAGAGAUUAUUUAUCUUGCUUUAUUAGUGUUCUUAGGAAUUCUUUUGUUACUAUGUACUGGUGAGUUAUGCCCAUUUUAUUUAUUUAGAAAAAUAGUGUGUUUGUAAUGAGUUAUUUGGUAGCAGCAUAUUUUGCUGCGAGAAAUAAAGAAGAUAUGAUAGAAGGUUUUUUCUGCUGGACAAUUUGUAACUUUUCUAAUUGGGAAAAAAUUCCUAUUAAUCCUUUACAGACAAUUUUUUUUUUUGCAUUCUUUGGUAUUGAUUAUAUACAGAAGAGUUGAUUUCUUUGAGACAACACAUCCUAAAAUAAUAGUGUCCCCUCUUUUGAACAUUUUAUUUUUAGUUAAAAAUAAAAGGUGCUACGAAAUGUAAAGAGGAAUGAGAGCAGCAAAGGAAGGCACUAUUGUCAGUAAGUGUCCGCUUUCCAGAUUCUCAGAUUCGUUCUUAAGAUACAGAGACCAUGAAAAAAUACAUUUUAGAGUUUUUCUUAUUACUAAGAGCAAGUAGAGGGGGAAAUCCUUGGAAUAAAAACUGCAGAUAUAUUUGUGAAAAGAAAGUGAGUAUUUGUAGCAAAUAAUUCAACUAAUUCAACUUUCUAAAUUCUGAGCUCAUUCCCCAGAAGGCCUCUUCUGCACGUGGAGACAGAGGCCUGGUCCGGGAGGUCUGCGUACCCAAGGGGCAGCGGCUGCCCAGCCCUGUGCUCUGGCCCAAAGGAGGAAAACAGGCCCACGCACCUCAUACUUCGACGGGUCUGCGCACUCGUGAUAUAGUAUCUUUCAAGUUGAUGCGAUGGCUUCACUUACCUUAAAAGUCAUUUUUAUUCAGAGUCUCAAUUUAUUAAAUACUACUAAAGUAGUGCUUUAAACAGUAGAAUUCUACAUACUUCAUGUUUAUUAAUAGCAACUUAUGAAUAUUGAGAUACCUCAUUGAAUCUCUAAAUUUAAAACCAUCAGCCGCAUCAACUACUUAAAGAAUCCUUACCUUUUUGAAGGAAGCUGUGUAUUAACAAACAUAAAAACCGAUUUUAAGUUUGUUUCAACUCUAACCUCAUCAAACCAAAGGCGCAGAUUUGUGGACGGCAUAUCCACUGAAUGCAUAUCCUAAGAAAAACCGAUGCCACAGAAGCAGGAAAACGCCAAGGCUCUGAUGGCAGCGGAAGUCAGGACUUUGCAGGUUAGUCUUUUUCCCCCGUGUCCAUCGCUCCCCGGUGGAGUGUCCCAUGAGGACAGGCAAAAACCUGUACUUUCAUCUUGUAAUCCUCUUGAACCUGGGGUCUAGCCUGCUCUGCCACCAAGUUGGAAGGUGACUUCGGGCUUCCAUUUGUCCAUCUGUAACAUAACAGGGACAACCUGGCCUGGACAAAAUUCUCCAUUCCUGUCCAGCUCUAACAGCCUGAGGGCUCAAAGUGGGACCGUCUCCUCAUGCCACUGUACGAACUUGGAAGGUAUGUUUCAAAAUCAUUGCCUUUUUACAGAGAAGCAUUGCUUUUCCAGCAUUAAUGAGCUCUCCCGUGAGUAUGAACCCGUGCAUUUAAAGUAAGCCUUAGCAGGUUCAUCUCUAGAAACAGAUGCUUUUGGAAUGGUGAUUGUUCUCCUAAAAAUCACACAACAGCACCGGUUUCAGUCAGGUAAGACACAGGAGCCUCCACAUGCAUGUGCCCUGCCCGGUGGACUCCCUGGAGAACAGCCCCCGAAUAAGUCCCCAUUUACCCCCGCAAAUGGUAGAGUGGGUUGAGAAAAGAACCAAGGAGGCUGUGCCCAGGCAGGUGUGAAUUCUUGAGUUACUUCUGCAGUGUUCGCUAUCUGCAAGUUGAAGAGAUUUUUUGAAAGGAACCCAUCGUGUCCCUGUGUGGGCCAUCUAUCCCUUGGCCAGGUCAGUAGUUGUGAACAAAGUUAGUUGAGACAAAAUGUGUCAAAACUGUUCUUUGAGUUCCUGGGAUUUCGUCAUCACACAUGACUCAGAUCUCGUCACCAUCUGUGUAUUUCCUUCGCUCCGGUUGAUGGAAACUCUGAAAAGUUGUGGCUAAUUUUAUUUUCAUUUCUUUGGCUUUGUGCAAUUUUCUUGUAACUUGUAUCAAUAUUUCCUGUUUACAAGUUCUUUUAAAGGGGAGGGGGUAGGUUUCUAAGAUCCUGUUGUUUGUUGUAGAUAAAUUUUUUUUCAUGUUGUAGAGAAGCAUGGGUUAUGCGUUUGACUGAAAAAGGCACUGUAUUAUUUACCAAAGGGGUAUUGUUUUCGCAUUUGUUUAUAAAUGCAUUAUUUUGGUACUGUAAAUUUGAACAUAAUUUCUGAGUUUAUUACUACUGGCAUUUUCUUUUUCUUUUCUUUUCUUUUUUUUUUUUUUUAAACUGUAAGUGCACAGUGCAGGUGCACAGGUCCCUGACCAAACCAGACCACCAGCAUGUUCUUAGCCAAACCUUGGGGAUAGCGCGCUGCUGUGUGCGCCUCGGUCCCACUCGUGUUGCUUUAUUUCUCAGUUCCAGCAUCCUGCUUUGUUUGACUUUCCAAGCAAGAUCUGCUGAGAGUCCCACUUGCACUCUAAUGAGCUCACCCUUAUUUGGCUCUCUGCUGAUGUACUUUGUGUAUUAGAUUGUGUGGGAGGUAUUCUAGAAGGCAUUCAUGGUUUGCAUUCAAAAUGACGUGGUUGGUCCAAAUUAUUUUCUGUCUUUAUUACUGAGAUGGAUUAAUCUCUUUUUUUUUUCUUGAUGAUUUGAAGUUGUAAAAGUUGUCCAGCUAUUGCUUAAUAAAAUUUUCCAGGUCAAAAAAAAAA